AUGGCCCUCACCGUCAAGCAACUCGGCAGCCCCUCCAGCUUCCUCCUCACCUUCGAGCCUCUCGACACCUCCCCCGUCGCCCUCUCCACGCCUUCCCUCACCCCCACCCUGCGCCUCCUCCCCGCCACCACCACCCUCCUCGCCGUCCCCUCCGCCGCGCGCCGCAUCCGCAGCUGGCGCCCCGCCGUCGCCACGCUCCCCCUGUGGGACGACGCCGCUCCCACCGCCUCCGUGCUGCGCAUCCCCGUGCCCUCCGGCUCCCCCGGCGGCGGCAGUGAAACGGGGGAGCUCACGCUGACCUGCAUCGGGCGGCGCCGCGACGCCCACGCCGCCAUCGGCAUCACCUACCGCCCGCCCGCCGCGACGCCCAGCCCGUGGCGGCGGUGCACCGUCAGCAGCGGCCCCGGGCCGAGCCUGAUGCUGCCGCCGCCGCGCCUGCCCACCCCGGCCCUCAGCUUCUCCUCCUCCUCCCCCUCCUCCAACGCCGCCGACGAGAGCCCCGUCAUCCCGCUCCGGCCGCGCCGGCGCUCAGUGAGGGUGCCACCGCGGGGGCAGCAGGACCACCGCGGCGUGUCCGUGGUGCUCGCGCCGCGCGGCAUCGCCUACCGCGCGCUGCAGGGCUACGCCACCGCGCACCUCCUCCAGCAGGCCGUGCUCCCGCUGACCGCCCUGCUGCACCCCUUCGACGACCGCGGCCCCAUCCCCUCCUCCGCCUCGCGGUUCUUCCUCCUCGGCGCCGGCCGCGGCAGCAGCAGCAGCAGCAAGGUCUCAGGAAAGCAGACGGCGUCGGCGCUGGGGGCGCGUGCCUGGAUCGGCGCGCACUCCGGCGACGUCAAGCCGGCCGCUGCCGAGGCGGUGCAGCGCGCGCUGGACGAGAGCGUCGCGCUGCUGGCGGCGUCGCCCGGGCAGUCGCCCGCGAGGGGCAACCGGACGGAGGUGAGGGCGUUGGCGUCGGGCGAGGAGCUGACCAUGACGAGCGAGGGCGUCUGGGAGGAGGAGGACCUGUUCGGGGACGACGACGGGGGUGGCAAGGCGGGGAGGCUGUUCGGGCUCGGCCUGGACAUUGGCGAGGACGAGGACGGGCGUAUUCUCGGCGGCGCGCUGCCGCUGGACUGGAUCGAUGCUGUGCGGUGA